UCUUUUCCUCAUUCUCCACCCUCUGUCCUUAGCACUCUGUCUCAGUUUCCACUUUUACCUAUCUACCUUGCUCUCUCCAGUUCUUCUCCUUUUAAAAAAUAAUAAUUUUCCCUUUUUUUCUUCUGUAUCCUUUUAUAAAAACAUUGCAGCUAUGCUCCGACUCUUACGUGAUCAUGCCAGGAAACACCCUGGGCUCAUUCCACAGUUUUUCUUCAUUUGCCUGGGAAUUGGAGGCGCUGCAGUUUAUCUUGUUCGUCUAGCCAAGGGACCCCAUGUUACAUGGAACAAGUCCAGCAACCCUGAACCAUGGAAUCAGCUCAGCCCUACCUAUCAGUACAAGUUUUUUGCUGUAAACACAGACUACAAGAACCUGAAAAAGGAAGGGCCUGACUUCUAAAAUUUUGAAGAUGCUGACGCAGCCUUUUGUUGAUUUAUACGGUUAAAUCUGAAAUGCAAUUGAAAUGAAAUUAUGGAAAAGAAAUUGUGGCAAGUAAAGUGUAUGAAUGAUCUACAUAGCAAGAUCAUGGGGGUUGAUUUUGUUGAUUUUUGCCUACAUCUAGUAGUAAACAAAGUUGUUUGUUCAUUUGUUUUUGAUUGAUUGAUUGUUUGUUUGUUUGUUUGAUUGAUUGAUUGAUGACUUGAUUGUUUGCUGUAAAUACAUGUAAGUUUAAUUCAUGUAAAAUGAUUUAUUUCAAGGAAUUUAAAAUAAGUACAUCAUAAUUGCAUGCAGUAAAAUUAAUAACUGUACAAUUUAGUUUGGUUUCAAAAUAUAAGAUUAAUUUCUACAGAUUUUGCAAUAAACUUUUUAACUUUC